AUGGCGCGCUCAACCUCGCCAGCACAAAAAAAAUACGCAGCGCCUUCGCAAGGCAAAAGCCCAGGGGCUAAUAAUGACGCCGCCCAGAGCUCGAUUGCUUGGCCGUCAGGUGUCAAGCUCAAAUGCCAAGCGGCACAACAGAAGCAACAGCAGCGAUGGCGGCCUGGCAGCAGCUCGACAGCGAGUAACCCGCAUGAGAACCUGGACCACCCGGCACAAGAGCCGGCACAGGGCGUGGCCGCACCUGACCAAGACAUGACCGCACAUCCAAGCUUAGCCAGCGGGGGUCGAAGCGGUGACUGCGGUCCUGGCAGCGAAAUCUAUGACAAAGGCGGCAUUAGCAGUGGCAGUAAUGGCGGCGGAGUGGUUAGGCACUGUGGCAGCGGCAGCAGCGGCAGCAGGGUGUCGUGCUUGUACCGGCGGCGGCCGCAGCCCGGCGGCUUCCAGGGGGCGGCGGGGUACAUGGUUCUUAGCGGCAAGUACGAGACGCCGCCCGGCAUGUCCUUCCGCCACGGAGCAAACAUCCUGACAGCCGCGGCCAACCGCAACAUCUCCGCCGUUCUUGCCGCCAGUGGCGCCGUACCGAUUUCCGUACAGCUUCUGGCGCUGCCAGGCUGCAUACAAUUAGUUGCUGUCGUACGAGUUUGGGAGGAUGUCGACCGACGCGGCGAUUACGAACGAAGCUGCUGCGAAGUCGAAGGGACUCACUGGGCGCCAACACAAAUACGGCAGCCUGGAGAGGGGGGCGCACCCGCCGCCGGCGCCGCCGUCACCGCCUCCGCCAGCCUUGCGGAGCGCAUGCGGGUUGAGCUGCUGCGAGGCGCCUGGGAGGAGCUACAGCCGCUGGCGCCGCUGGAGUCCGCCAGCUCUGAGGGGCUGCUGCUGCUACAGCGGGGGCCGCCGUCACCGUCGCCGUCACCGUCACGGUCACCGCGAGAUCCGCCUGUGUCAGCGGCGACGUUAGCGACGGCAGUAUCAACUGUAAGGCCACCAGCGUCGGCGGAAAUGGUGCCGGAGGGAGGAGGUCGUGCGGAGGGACGCAAGCGGCACGGGACAGCCCUUGCUGGAGCCCCGCGUCGGAGACCUUCACCAUCACGAAGUCCGUCGUACAAUGGCAACAAUGCAGGCGCGGCGGCUUCGUGCAGCUUCACCUCAGCGCUGAAUGCGGUAAUGUCGCCGCCAUCCAUGGACUCGGGACUUGGUGGCGGCGGCCGUGGCGGCAACUGGCUGGUUGUGGUUAUGGUGGAGGAUGAGCGCGCCGCCUCUCCCGGCGGAGGGAUUAACGGCGGCGGCGACGGGAUCGCGUUGACGGACGGUCGCAUCGCCGCUGGGGCGUCUGGCGACGGCGGAAGGGUCGGCGGCUUCCUGACUAGCCGCCUCUCCUGCGUGGUCGCCGCCAGGCCUGCCGUACCUCCCACAGUAAUUGGUGGUGGCGGCGGCGGCGGCGGCGGCGGCGAGCCCCCUGACUGGUCCGCGGGUCUUGAGGUGCAGAUCCCGGUGGCUGAGCUGGUGGCGGCACUAGGGGUGGAGGAGGGGGAGGGGGAGACCGCCGGCAAUGGCGCUGCAGGCGCCGCCGCUGGUGGAUGUAGCAACGGCGGAGGGCAGCUGGCGUCUGUGGCGAUGGCGGGGCCCAGGGAGACGCGGAAGGCAGGAGGACGGCCGAGGGCGCUGCUCCUGACGAUGCACCUGCUGUACUCAGUAACCCCUUCGCAAGGGCCGGAGGCGGCGGCGGCAGUGGUGGCGGCGCCGGCGUCAGCUGACGAUGCCGCUGCUGGUGUAGCGGAAGUGGUGGCGGCUGCGGCUGUGGCCGAUGAUGAGCCGGAGCCGUGCGACCGGAAUCCACGUGCCGCCGCCGCCGCUGGGGCUGGGCCUGGGGCUGUGGCUGUGGGAGCUUCGGGGGCCGGGGUUUCAGUGGGGCUGGCCCCGGAGGCGGCGGCGGUGCAGUGGCUGGGGUUCACCAACGUGCUGCUACUUGUACGGCCCUCUGUCGCCCCCGCUGCCACCGCCGGUGGUGACGUUGGCGGAGGUGGUGUCAGUGGUUACGGCCCUGGCUGCACCCCGGAGCCGCCUCCUGUUGGGGACGUGGCGGAGGCGGUGCGAGUGGAGCUGGAGGGACUGUGGAGGCGCAUGGUUUCGGAGGUAGAGACGAGGCAGAAACAGCAGGGGAAAGAGGUGGAGGCGGCGGUGGGUGACAUGGCGGUGGCGGCAGUGGCGGCGGCAGCGGAUACCACCGUGUCCACAACAGCGGCCGCACCACCGCCGCCGCCACCGCCGCCACCACCGCCGCCGUGUCAGCCUUGCCCUGAUACAUCCCCCCCUCGCUACAGCCCCGCCGCCAGCCUGGCGUAUAGGGCCCACAUGCAGCCCCUGAUGGCGGAUCUAGCGAUGUUAUCGGCCUAUACUGCUGGUGCCGCAGCAGUCGGCGGUGUUGUGGCCAUCCCUGCGUCGGCCACACACCAAGGCAGUACAGUUGCCGUACGGGGCAUGGAGGCGAUUGUUGCGGCCACUCUAGCCGCCUUCCUGCGCACCCAUGGUCUCCUGGCUUGUCUGGAUAUGGUGUCGCAGAUGCGGCCGCCGGCAAGGUCGGUGAUGAGCGGCGGCGGCGGCGAGGUGGUGGCGGCGGCGGCGGCGGCCGCCGAGGCCGAGACAGACUUGCUGGUAAGCCGUACAGCAGCGGCGGCGCGGGUGGCGUUUUUUGCUGCGGCUCGGCGGUGGAUCGGCCUGCGCCGGCGCUGUAGGGACGGAAGCAGCGUCGGCGGCGUCAGCGUCGGCAUCGGCGGUGGCGGUGAUGAGAACGGUUUCGGCAGCCAUGUGGACGCCAACGGCGAGUUCAUUCAACGGGCGAGGGGGGCAUGGGAGGCCGCGUACGUCACCUGGCGGUCGCGGACUGUGGCGCCAUGCCAGCGCCGCGCUGCUGUAUUGUACGGCAUCACAAUUGCAGCGAUGUUUAUUGUGUUUACGACGCCGGUGCGUCGCCUCGGCAACACCACCAGGCUGAUGGAGGCGCUGGCGGGGGUGACAUGGAUGGGGUCACCGCUGGCUGGCCACGUGGUAGCGAUGAUUGUACGGCGGUGGCGGCAGCGCCGAGCCACAGCAGCAUCGACGGCGGCGUCGCCACUGCUGCGCGGUGCACAAGGGGUGAGAUCGUCUACCGGCUUCUUCGCCGCCGCCAUCACUUCCGCUGCCACCACCGCCGCCGCCGCCGGCGGCGGCGACGGCGCUUCAAAUCCCGAAGAUGACGUCGACGAAGUUGAACGGCUUUCCGUACUGACAACGGGUUUGGCGGCGUCCGUGCUGGGUGUGUUGACGUACACCCUCCGCCGGCCAGGACUUGACACGGGACAGGAUGAGAAGGCCAUCUGGCUCAUGCUUUUUGUGAUUCGCGGCGUGUUGUCGCCGCUGUUCGCUCAGCUACGGCCCUGGUCCCAGCUGGCGGUGGCGGUGCAGAUGUUUUAUGUGGAUGUACUGCACCUGGUCGUGCUGUACUUCUGUGCCGGCGACGGCGACGACGGCGGCAGUCACCGUACGUCGUCUCGCAACACUUCCCAACUACGAUGUCCGUAUAGCAGUCCGUCGCGGGUUCUGGCGGCGGCGGCGCUCUUCACAUCUUGGGGCAGCUCGGGGCAGCUCGGGGCGGCGGUGAUGGCGGUGCGGAUGAGGUGCCGCUUCGUGCGGCUGCAGAGGAGGGGCUUGGAUGUAGCAACGACCGGAACAACAGCAGCAGCACCAGUAGCAGGGGUGGAGGGAUGCUGCAAGUGA